AAGAUAUUGUUUACUCUGCAGAGGAAAAAUGGCUUGUCUUGUAAUUGUACAAAUGUCAAACUAAACUGUUACACUGCACUGUGAGUGGAAGAUACUGCACUGACUGCACUACUAGCACUGGAUUAUUAUCAGGAAGAUGUCUGACUAUCUCACAAUAGCAGAUCUAAAGAGAUUGUAUCUCGUCACGUUUGAUGCUCGAAUUAAGUGACGAAACAUCUUGCUUAUUCUUGACGUACCCUCAGCUACAAUCCACAGCAUCGGGAAAGAAUGGAGCAACAAUCCUGAUGACUGCUAUCAUGAGGGUUUGAUUAAAUGGCUUAAUGAAGGAGGGAAGAGCUGGAAAGAGAUGGUGGAGGCUUUGUCAAGUCCCAUUGUGAGUGAAGUUCACAUAGCCCAGACCAUCGAAAGAGAUCAUCUACAGUCUACUGGUCCAAACAACCCUAAAUUACAGGUUGACCAAGAUCGCCAGAAGAUCAACGAUGAUUUAACUGUUUUCCUAGACGAGCGUCUCGGUAAAGGUGCAUUUGGAGCAGUCUUCAAAGGCAGCUACAGGGGCGAGAUAUGUGCAGUCAAAGUGCUGCUUCAUGAUGCUAUGGAGAUGCAGGCAAGUAUUUCAGUCGGCAAAAACGAAGAAGCUAGCGAUGCAAUUGAUCGUGAGAGUGAUUUUCUCAAGUCGUUCCAGCACCCAAAUGUUGUUCAGUUAUUGUCGACUGCCAAGCACCCCAAAUCAGGGAGUACAAUCCUCGUUGUUGAGCUGAUGGAUUGCAAUCUGAGAUCCUAUUUCUCUGGCCUUGAUGAAGAGUCCCUCACUAGCGAAUGUGAAAUUAGCCUCUCCAAAGACAUGGCUUGUGGUCUGGCCUACAUUCACAGCAAGCAGAUUAUCCACCGUGACCUCUGUGGCGACAACGUCUUAUUGAAACUUACACGACCAUUGCCUGUCGCAAAGAUUUCCGAUUUUGGCAUGUCACGGCUAUAUGAUUCCUCCAAGCUUAGCCACACCCUCACAGCCAUUGGUCACCGUAUGGGGUAUCUACCUCUCGAGGCUAUUCGAUUGGAAGAGGAGAAGUACGAUAGCAGCCUGGAUGUGUUUUCCUAUGGGGUGAUUGUGACGCAGAUUGUAUGCAAGCUGGAGACGAUCAAAUCAGCCAAGGAUCGAUCAUUCCAUGUUGCCCAGAUCCCUCACACACACACGUUGAGGAAGCUUAUCGACAGUUGUUUGCAGGAAGACAUGAGGAGGAGACCAUCUGCCAGGGACAUCUAUGUUUACUUGACGAGAGGUUCUGGUUCAGUGGAGGCAACAAAGAAGGAGUCAAAGGACACUCAACCAGUCAAGAAGGUGCGUACAUGUAGUGUGAUAAUGAGAUUCCCACAGCAACAAUAGUAUUGUACCUUAACAUGCAUGGAUGCUGUCUCAUGUGUUAAGCCGUAACUACACAUCCGUUUGAGUGUGCCUAUAAUUAUGUACUUCCUUUAGCGGAAAUUGUUGCUUGUUCUCGUUCUAUUGUAGAAUUUUCAUUAUGAUAU